CCCAAGGGGCACAUGGAACAUGAGCUAUGGGAAAACAUUCCCUAUAGCAGCAAUGCAGCCACUUUCUGACUGGGACUAGGGAGCCUCAGGAGAUGUUACCAUAGAAUCUUAUGAAUGGUUUGCGUUGGAAGGGACCUUACAAGAUCAUCUCAACCACCCUGCCCCUGCCUUAGGCAGGGAUACCUUCCACUAGACCACAUUGCUCAAAGUCCCAUCCAGCCUGGCCUUGAGUACUUCCAGUGUCCACAACUUCUCUGAACAACCUGUUCCAGUGUCUCACUACCCUCAAAGAAUUCUUCCUUCCAUCCCAUCUAAAUCUACCCACUUUCAAUUUAAACCUGUUUCCCUUUUUCCUGUCAAUACAAGCCUUGGUCAAGUCUUAGUGUUUCUGAUAAGAACCCUCCAAGUAUUGGAAAGCUGCAAUAAGGUCUCCCUGCAGCCUUUUCUCCAGACUGAAGCCCCAGUUCUUUCAGCCUUUCCCCACAGGAGAUGUGUUCCAACCCCAUGAUAAUUUUUUGUGCCACUCUGGAUCCACUCUAACAGCUCUGUGUAUCUUGGGCUGGGGAUCCCAUAGCUGGAUGUUCCUCCUGGUAAGUUCACAGAAUUCACAGAAUGACUAGGUUGGAAGAGCCCGUAAAGAUCAUCGAGUCCAAUCCAUAGUUUUGACAGCUGUGUCAGGUGUAUUCUCAUCUAGUCAGCCUGUGCACAGGGAAAGAAGCGUGAGAGGAGUGCACACCACUGUGCACCAUUUGGUUAAUGCAUUUGCUGUAAAAGGAGAGGAAACUGGUGUAACAGCUGCAGGUAAGUGCCAACAGUCAGAGCAGUGGGGUUAGAGCGCAGGAAGAGUGGGAACAAAAUUUAGCCCAGCUCUAGCUGCUAUUAAUGUGGAGUUUGGUCAGUUUAUGAAAGGGGCCUCUAUGACAUGGUUGCUUGCAAAAGUAGGGGGCUCAGUGACCCAGAAGCUGCCUUCCACAUCUCUUGGGCUCAGGUCAGAUUGACCCUCCAUUACCAAAUCUCAAUAACAGGUCCAGAGUCCUCCACAGCUUCUUGCCUGUCCCACUGAGCUGGACAUGCUUGCAAAAGAGCAAAUGGGGAAACAAAGCAGACCUUUGACCCCUUGCUACCACUAUAUUAGCUCUGCAUAAAUGCCAGGGUCUCAGAUGAGCACCUACCUCAGCCUGAGAAAGAGAGAAAGCAGGACAGGUAAGAGCUGAACUCUAUUCUGGGUGGCUUGGACUUUGUGACUGGUGUAUCUAGCUCAUAGACAAGUGAGUGGAGGUUGCCUCAUCUCCUACUGUGAACCAAAGUGUGAGCCCUUCUCACGCUCCGUAGCCAGGAAUGGUGCUGAAAUAGAGGAGGGUGGGAGUACCUGGGGUCACGUGCUCUGAAGCUGAGUGAUGGAUAAUCCAUAAGACACUCAUACGAGGGUCAAACCCAUGGUGGGAGUUGCAGAAUUUCAGUGUUGGGAGAUACAUAACCUUUUCCCAGGUGCCUCCACCACAGGGACUGCAAGUUCUAAAGUGGGUAAGAGCAUCUGUUCAUGCUCCUGGGAAGCAAAUUUCUGCCUUUUGUGUACGUGGAGAAAAACUAGCUCUGGGAUUAAAAAUCAAGGAAGGGUAAUAAAGGAGCAACUGUGCAAACAUCUAGUGAACUGGGUGGUAGCUUUUGGAGGUAAUCUGUGCAGAAGGAAAUAAAAAUGUAUGGAAAUCUCCUUACUGGGGGAUAAAAUGGAACAUUGACUUGUAACCACCUGGUACAGGAUUUAGCAAAGCAUUCACAUAUAAUAGACUUCUGGUCAGUUUUGCUUUUGCAAUUCCUAUGUUCAAAGUUUCAUUCGUGUUCCUCUGAGUGAUGAAGCCCCCUAAUUGGGGGCAUAAAUAAAUUUUAAUUUCUAAACACCUUUUUAAAUGCAGAAUGUUUGGAAGCUUGUUUAGAUGUAAUUUCAUAUUUUCAGUGUGCCAAGUAGCAAAUUCUGACUUUUUUAAAAGACAAAAGUAAAGGAAGUCAGAUGAAGCUAAAUUUUGCAUUCACUCACUUUUGGGAACUUGUUCUGCUUAGGCUACUGUCUGCUGCAUUAAUCCCAGAGUGAAAAAGACAAGGGAACCUAGUUAGCUACUUGGGACUUUCCUCAACUAAAGCAAGAGAAAGUGCUCAGAUCACUGAGUCACUAAGAUGAUCAUUGUAUGUAAUGUACUAACUAGCACAAUGUUCUUUAGAGCAAUUUAUCAAAACAAAUAAAAUGAAGAAAUCCCACAAUAUGAAUUUUUCAGUUGUACUUAAGCAUUUUGGAAAUUGGUUCUGACUUCUAGCACUUUUACUGGUUUGUUCAGUGCUGAAACAGGAUUUUAGAUCUCAUAUAAAAGAACUAGCUUUAACUGCCCAUAUUUCUUUGAGCUCUGAAAGUUAUUAUUGUGGAUAUUUGUGAAUAUACAAAGAAAAGGACAACAUUUUUAUACUACCUUUUCCUCACUUCUUCAGAGGAAAUGCACAUGAACUUUCUGUUCUUGUCUUCGUUUAUUGGUUAGGUUUGUUGCAGAAAUUUGGUGUUUAACCAACAUGUUUUAUUUCUCUGAAAACAACCCAAACACUGUAUGCUGAUUCCUUCAGGUCUCUCUGUGUAGAGAGCAGAACUGGUACUCAAACCAUGCUGCAAUCCAGGGCAUUGGUGGUAGCUCUGAUUCUGCUCCUUAGCACCACUCUCCCGGAAGUGCAGUCCAAGUCCAUCUUUGAGAAAGACCGUCGUGAGUUGCUGGCCAUCCCUGAGACUAUUGCAUCUUACUUCUAUGAAGCUGUGAACAAGGUGUCCCCUAAAGUCAGCCAGUUCUUGUUGGAUACUGUCCAGAGUCCAACAGUUAUUGCUGCCAGACAGAGAAUCGCCAAAGAAGCAACUAAAGUCAGUAUAAUGUUUGAACAGCUGGUUGAAAAAAUAAAGAAUCUGUGGUACACAAGAAUCCUAGGCUAUUAGCCAAAUGAAGACAAGUCAGCCUUUCCUGAUGUGAGCGUGUAACACCUUCCAGUGUCCUCUUUCCCCCUGCCCCCCUACGGACCAAGAUAAGUCAAUAAGACAGAAUCGAUGCUCCUCUUAAUGCCACCAGAGGGAACCCACCUUCAAAGACAAAAGAUGGAAGGCGUCUGCCGAAGGCAUCUGCUGAAGCCUCCCCAGAAAAAAAACAAGUGGCUGGGCAUGGGGACGGCAAUAUAGAGAUUCUUCUGUAGCCAAAUCUUGAAAAUUAAUUCCUCCUGAAUGGCUUGGUCAUUGCCCCUCUAAUAAAAAAAAAAAAAUGUUGGUUGUUA